AUGGCUGAUAAAUUGAAAAAAUAUACGUUUCAAAGGAGAAUGGCAAUGAACGAUUUAGAAACGUUAUUGCGUUUAUCCAAUUCUUCUCUUACAGAGGUUCAUAAGCAGUCGCUUUUUCGUGUUCGGUACUCAGAGUUAGACGAUGUUUUGGAGAGUUUUAAUAAAAAUCAUCAAAACAUCGUUACAAAUCUUUUGAAAUCUGAACCUACGGAUGCUCAAUUAGAUUCUGAGGACAUUAUUCGUUCCCAAUUUUUAAAUGAUUAUUAUCAGAUCAAGGCUAAUUUCGCGGAUCUCUUUGAAAAUGAUGAUAAUAGUCAAAAAAAUGAGCAAAAUAUCGCCGCUUCGAAUGCAGUACAAUCUCCUAGUAAUGUUCGCUUGCCGCAGUUAGAAUUAGUUAAAUUUUCCGGUGAGUUUACGUCAGCAAUUACUUUUUUUGACUUGUUCGAUGCGCUUGUGCACCGUAGACCUAACGUUGAUGAUACGGAAAAAUUAACGUAUUUGAUUCAAAGUUUAGAAGGGCCUCCUUUAAGGUUAGCUAAAUCCUUGCCUUUAGCUAGAGAAAAUUAUGUUAGGAUUUAUGAUAAAUUAAAAAAUAGGUAUUUAAAUAAACGUUUGCGUGCAAUGGCACAUUGGUGCAAAAUUGAAGAAGCUCCCGCAACUAUGUUUAAGAAUUCUGAUAGUUGUAGUAAUUUAAUUGAUACCUUUUCGGAAAAUUUAUCAGCUUUAGAAAAUUUGGGUUAUAAAAUUUCGGAUUUUGUGUUAGCUUACAAAAUUCUCACCAAGCUUGACGAGGAGACUCACCAACGGUUUGAAUUAUUACAUGGGUCUAGUGAAAUGCCUACUUUUAUUCAAUUAUCUGAUUUCCUGGAAAGUCAAUGCAUUUCGUUUGACUCAUCCUUGUUGUCGCCUUGUUCUCCCAAGGAUUCUAAUAGAAAAAAUAAAUCGCCUUCUAAACACAAUGCAAAUAAAAAUGGUUCUAAAGUCAAUAAUCGCUAUAGUUUUUUUUCGAAGCCUAAUGCGACGACUUGUUUGUUAUGUUCUGCCGAUCACCAUUUAAAAGAUUGUUCUUUAUUUUUAAAUAAAUCUCCUUAUGAACGGUACAACGCUUGUAAGAGAAUGCGUCUUUGUUUUAAAUGUUUAGAAAAACACGAUUCUCGUAGUUGUAGUGUCACCUCUCGUUGUUGUCAUUGUAAUUCAUCCCACCAUAGUCUUUUACAUUUUAAAAGUUCUGAAAGUGCCACUCAAGGCGCUACUUCUGUUGCUGCCGUUCCAACUACUGCUUCUUCUGAUGCUCAGGUUAAUACUGGAACAUUGAGCUCACACGCUGCAUCAUUAGGUAGUGUUGCCUCAAAAAACUCGAGCGUUUUGUUAGCUACUGCUGUGGUAGAAAUUAUGGAUGGUUGUGGAUUGUAUCAACCUGUUCGAGCUUUAAUUGAUGGGGGCAGCAUGACCUCUUUUGUAUCUCAGUCUUGUAUUCGUCAGUUAGGUAUUAGACAUUCUUCUGCUACCUUAUCGGUACAAGGUAUUGGUGCUAUAAAAAGUACAGUGGUUGGUCGAGUUGAUCUUCAGAUAAAACCUGUGGAUAGAGUGGAUCCUAUUUUUAAUUGUGAGGCGUUUGUGUUGCCAAAAAUUUGUGAGGACCUACCCGUUGUUAGUUUGGAUGUUGGGCAUUGGUCUUAUAUUGCUAAUUUAAAGUUGGCAGAUCCUCGGUUUCAUCUAUCUGGUAAGGUGGACUUAUUGCUUGGAGCUGAUAUCUUUUCUCAGUUAUUAUUAGAAGGUAAAGUUCAAACUCCUAGAGGUAUGCCUGAUGCUCUUAAUACCGUUUUUGGCUAUGUCCUUAUGGGUCCCUGUAGUUCGGUUCCUAUGACAUCUGCCACCUCGUUGUUUUGUCACGUGGAUCAAAUGGUUUCGUUGGAGGAGUCUGUAAAGCAGUUUUGGAGUUUAGAAACUGUUCCUGAAGUAGAAUGUUCAGCUCCUGAAGAUAUUCUUUGUGAGAAAAAUUUUGUUGAGAAUGUCGAGACGGCUCUGGUCGUUAUACCGUUGCUCUACCUUUCAGGGAAUUAUCUCCUGUUUUUCCAGGAAUGUUUGAGUUAG